GCUGCUUAAAGUGCGAGCAAGAAAACAGAUAAAAGGAUUCCUGGUCAAAUGGAAGGAUGGAAGAAGUUCUUGGGAACCUCAGAAGAAUAUAUUGGAUGAAGAACUUUUGAAGGCUUUUUAUAGGAUAUGAACUUAAAAAUAACUUCGAAAGUGACCUCUUUAUAAUCUGUAAUUUGCGCUAUUUUAACUUCACUUGGAGAUUCUGAGCUGACCAGUCUGUAUCUCUAGAUCUCUGUGUUUUGAUGUUUCAAAUUUUGAUUUUUCAAUAAUUCACAACAUUACAUCGCAUCUAUACUUCGGAUCAUUCAUUAUUCAACAUCUUAUACCAAUAUGUGUUUUAACGUUUACUAGGGCAUUAUUACGUGUGUGUGUGUGUGUGUGUGUGCGUUUGUGCAUAUAUAUUAAUGAGGUAAAUCAUAACAGUACACACCAACGUAACGAGGUAUGCCAAACUACCGAGGUAAAAUUCCCGUUACCUCGAUGUGUAAACCUCGCAAAUAACGUGUCUUGUUGGUGUUCACACUAUUCACCAAAUUUCGUGUUUACCUCGCUAUACCACUUCAGGGUUGAUGUGGGUGUCGGAGUGUGUCAAACACUUUGCCAUCUCAGAUUUGUCGUGAUCAAACCACGCCCAUGUAUCUUCUGAUUGGUCGAUUAAUUUCCCCUUCGGAUUUUCUCGUGUGUUACAUCAAGUUACAUGUGCUGUUCGGAACAACUCGGUUAGGUACGAAAAUGGCGGGAUAGGUCUACUAGCCGGCCUGCUAGCUACAUUUUACGACUCAACGAGGUAAGAAUAUUAGUUAACGGUAACUAAAGGCUAAGGGCAUGAUGACAUCCAUCUUUUUAGCACGAUGCAAGCAGAAGGUCGUCGUGGAAUAGCAUAUUUUCUUACAGAGAAGUAUGAAACUUGGGACCUGUUGAUCACUUAUGCGCAAUUCCAUCGCCUCGAUUUUGAACCUUUACGCAAACACGAGAAAAAACACCUUUUAUAUGUCUUUUCUGUAGAUGCAGUGUAUAAAAUUUGCGGCUUCAUAAAAAAACAAGAACUGCAAGUUUUACUGGUUAAUGUUAUUUGAUGAAUAGAGUAGAAGUUCAACUGUACGUGCAAGGCGAGAACUUGAUCGAAACCACGAUUUCGUAAUCUACCCUGCUAUAACCAGCUAGGCCUAGGAUGAUGGAAGCUGCGACAAGGUGUUAAUUAAGGUGCAUAUCUCCCACAUGAUAGGAUAUUAAAACUUUUAUUUGUUUUCACAUAUUACGGCUAAUUAUUGUUUACUUUUCGAAAUUUCGCUUCGUCAAAUUAUAGAUUACACAAAAUUUGCAACCGAACGUUUCAGAAACGCUUUUCGAGCUACGGUACAGUAAUGGUACGGUAACGUUACAGAAAUGGUACGCUUUAAGUGGAACAGUGAACAUGUACGGGUCUGUAUUAAUAGCCUAUGAUUAUUUUUUUUAGGGCACAAAAUUAAUAUGAAUACACGACGCAAAAACAGACCUAAAAAAAUCAGUCUUGAUGUGGUUCCUCCCAGGGAAGAGGAAUUAUGUACUUUACACUUUAUUGACACAUACAUAGACACACACGAAAGUGUCGGACAUGCAGAUAAUGGAUUGCAAUUCUAUUUUAAACACAAUGGAAAGAAUUACUGUGUUGAUGCUACAACUUCCUCAGGAUUAGGGUGUAUGGUAAAUGAUGCUGUAGCUUCAAAAGCAAAUUGCAGAAUGGUGAAAAUUUUGGAAGAUGGUGAGCCUAAGCUAUGCCUUAUUGCAAAGAAGCAGAUUGAAAAAGAUGAAGAACUGAGGUACGACUAUGGAGUGAGUGAUCUUCCAUGGAGGAAAUUAAAGAAAGGUGCUGUCAAACCAGUGUUGUAUGCAGAACCAAAAACUACCAGGAUGGAUCACGUAGCAGAAGACACUAUAUCUUUGGUAGAUAUACCACUGACCAACACAGAAACUACCAGGAUGGAUCACGUAGCAGAAGACACUAUAUCUUUGGUAGAUAUACCACUGACCAACACAGAAACUACCAGUAUGGAUGUAGCAGAAGACACUAUAUCUUCGGUAGAUAUACCACUGACAAACACAGAAACUACCAGGAUGGAUCACGUAGCAGAAGACACUAUAUCUUUGGUAGAUAUACCACUGACCAACACAGAAACUACCAGGAUGGAUCACGUAGCAGAAGACACUAUAUCUUUGGUAGAUAUACCACUGACCAACACAGAAACUACCAGGAUGGAUCACGUAGCAGAAGACACUAUAUCUUUGGUAGAUAUACCACUGACCAACACAGAAACUACCAGGAUGGAUCACGUAGAAGACACUAUAUCUUUGGUAGAUAUACCACUGACCAACACAGAAACUACCAGGAUGGGUCACGUAGCAGAAGACACUAUAUCUUUGGUAGAUAUACCACUGACCAACACAGAAACUACCAGGAUGGAUCACAUAGCAGAAGACACUAUAUCUUUGGUAGAUAUACCACUGACCAACACAGAAACUACCAGGAUGGAUCACGUAGCAGAAGACACUAUAUCUUUGGUAGAUAUACCACUGACCAACACAGAAACUACCAGGAUGGAUCACAUAGCAGAAGACACUAUAUCUUUGGUAGAUAUACCACUGACCAACACAGAAACUACCAGGAUGGGUCACGUAGCAGAAGACACUAUAUCUUUGGUAGAUAUACCACUGACCAACACAGAAACUACCAGGAUGGAUCACAUAGCAGAAGACACUAUAUCUUUGGUAGAUAUACCACUGACCAACACAGAAACUACCAGGAUGGGUCACGUAGCAGAAGACACUAUAUCUUUGGUAGAUAUACCACUGACCAACACAGAAACUACCAGGAUGGAUCACAUAGCAGAAGACACUAUAUCUUUGGUAGAUAUACCACUGACCAACACAGAAACUACCAGGAUGGAUCACAUAGCAGAAGACACUAUAUCUUUGGUAGAUAUACCUUUGACCAACACAGAAAUUGUAACAAAGAGAAAAAAUACCUUGAGAUUUUUUGAGGAAGAUCUGGAAUGGGCAAACACAAGCAAAGAUGACAUAGACAGUCCAUCAAAAAAGAAAAUUAAGGAGAAAACAGAAAGGAAGAAAAAGAAGAAAUUUGAAGAUGAGGAAGAGAAAAAGUCAUUGUCAAGUGCAAGUGCUCACAAGGAGAAAAAAACAAAGAAAAAGAAGCCAGAUUGUGACAAGAUGGGACCAACAGAUUUGUAUGUGAAGAAACAUGGUAAUAAGAAGCUUAAGGCUGGCCACAUGAAACCAGUGACUGAUGCAUUGAUUGUUGUUGAUAAUACCUCUGAUAUGCCUGUCCCAGAGUUGGAAAUUCUUGGUGAUUCAACAGAUUGCACAAUCACCAAGAGAUGCAAAAAAAACAUAGAAUAUGGUUAUUUUGAUGAAGACAGUGAGGACAUUGACAACCAAGAUGCUAUGGAGGACAGUUUUGACGACUCAACCCAAGAUCCAGAUUACUCCACUGAGUCUUCAGAUGAAAGCAUUGCUCACUCUGAUAAUGUUGAAGCAGGAUAUGUGUCCGAUUCUUCUUCCAACAUGUCUGACACAGUUCCACUUGUGGAUACAUUACCUGUUUUAAGUAACACCAAAUGUUGUUCAGAAAUCAACCUAUCACAAACAGAAAAGAAGCCUGCAAUCAGUAUACAAACAAGCAGCAACACGAAAGUUCAACGAGUUUGGGAUAAAGUACACUAUUGUUUUUUUUGUGAGAUAAGUUCAACUAACAUUUCGAAACACUACUUGGGACCUCAUCAAAGUGAAGCAGAAGUGCAAAAAAUUCUGUCAUAUCCAAAGAAAUCAGAGGCAAGAAGACUUGAAUUGCUAAAACUCAGAAAUGCUGGUGAUUACAAACACAACACAGAUAUAUUGAAGAAGGGGGAAGGGGUUUUAGUGACCUGGACACGAAGACCUGAAGAUGAAGUGUCUUCUGGAGACUUCCUGCCAUGUGAAGACUGCUUAGCAUUCUUUCUUAGAUCAAACCUGUGGAGACACCGGAAAGUAUGUCCAUUUAGAAAAGAAGGGGCAAAGUAUCGAAAAGUACAGUCGGAAGCAUCCUUCCUCUUGCCUUCUUCUCAUGAGGUCAACAAGGGCUUAGAAAUGAAUGUUCUUCGCAAAAUGAAUGCAGACGAAAUAACAAUUGCUGCAAGAAAUGACCGAAUCAUAACCAAAGUUGGAGAAAAGUUGUACCAGAAACAUGGCCAUCUUCCACAUCUUUAUUCCCAUGUUAGUCAGAAGAUGAGGGAAUUGGCAAGGUUGCUUAUAGCUGUAAGAGGCCAACAACCUGAUGUUAAUUCUCUAUCAGACUUGCUGCAUCCUGAACGAUUUAUGCUUGCCGUUAAAGCAACCAAGAUUUUGUGCAAUUUCUCAGAAGAUACAAACACAUAUGGAAAUCCAUCCCUUGCUCUAAAGAUCGGCCACUUACUGAAAAAAUGUGCAAAGAUUAAGAAAUCUUCAGCAUUGUCAUCAGGGGAUUCUGAUCUAGGGAAGAAUGCAGAUGAUUUUCUUACACUUCUUGAUGAUGAGUGGACUGACGAAAUUUCAAGUUCAGCUUUGCAAACACUCAAUACAAACAAGAUGAACAAGGGACAGCUGCUACCACUGACAGAGGACUUGAAGAAACUGCAGUGUUACUUUCAGGAAAAGAGUAAAUCCCUUUCAGCAUCUUUGCAGAAUUCAUUUUCAAAACCAGACUGGGAGCUUUUGAAUCAAUUAACAUUGGCACGGCUUGUCAUGUUUAAUAGACGGCGUGGUGGAGAGACCCAGAGGAUCACAUUAGAGGGAUAUGCAGCAAAACUGACCAAGCAUGAUUCACUUCAAGAAAUUAAAGACUCAUUAAGUCCAGUUGAAAAAAUGCUCUGUGAAACAUUUGGGCGUGUUGAAAUACGUGGGAAAAAAGGACGAACAGUACCUGUGUUACUCACUCCAGCAAUUCAGCAGAGUAUUGAUU